ACAAGUUGAUUGAGUUUUGUAAUUUUUGUUUUUUUUGCUUACUCGAUUUCUUUUUCUUUCGCUGAUCGGUCAUAACAUUUUUCUGUUUGGUUCAUUCGGAUUCUUUUUUCUUCUUAAUAACGAUCGGCAAUAUGAAGCCUGAACAAUUAUUUCAGAUGCUUAAUAUUGAUUCCGAUCAAACGAUAACAUCAUCGUCAUCGACAAACAUUCCACCAACAUCGUCGAUAAUAAUAACGCCCCAAUCAUCAACAACAACAUCAAAUAUGACGCAACCACAAAUUCAUGAUCCGAAUCAAAAUCCCUUUCAAUGGUCAACAAAUUUUGUUCCAUUUUAUCAACAUUAUCAACCGGCAAAUAAUUUACCAAAUCAAUCGAACAUUUAUAUGCAUGCAGGAUUUCCACCACCACCUCCGCCGCCGACAUUUUUCGGCAGUGCAACGCCUAUAAAUCAAUGGAUUAUGCCAUCACCACCACCAACACAAUCAUCAUCAUCAUUAUCAUUUCAACAAUCUACAUUCGUACCAACUUUUAAUCAAUAUAAUGAAAACUAUUACAGCGAUUAUCCACCAUUAAUAAUGAAUAAAUCGAAUCAUGAAUCGCAACAAUUUUCGAAUUAUUCAAUUAAUAAUAAUUAUAAUAAUCUAAAUGAUCCAAUACAGCACCCGCAACAACUACCACAACAACAACAACAACAACAGCAAGCUAUUCGAUCAACAACAAAUGAAUCGAAUAAUAAAUGUUUGGAUCAAAAUCGAUUUUUGAAAAAAAUUGGUGUUAAACAAAAUCGUACCAAAAUAGAUGUAAACGAUUUGUUUAAAAUGGCUACACCUAAUGAUUAUUUAAAUCAAAAUAAUAAACAACAAUUAACAAAUCCAGUAUUGUUGCCAACACCAUCGAACAAAAAUCAUCAUCAUCAUCAUAAAUAUUAUAAUGAUACAAAUACAUUUGGUGGUGAUACUGGUGGUCGUCAACUGAAUGAUGAUAAUGAAAAUAAAAAUCGACGAAAUAAAUUAAUGAAAAAUAAUUUGGAUGAACGAUCUAAAUGUAAAACAAACAAUGAAAAACAUCAUCAUCAUCAACAACAACAUGAAGAAUUGAAACGUUUGAAAAUAAAUCGUUUAGAUGAUAAACAUUUAGAGAAUAUUUUGGCAAAAUUUGCUCAUGAUCUUCUUGAAACAGAAUAUCGUAUUGAACAUAUUAUUGCAUUAUAUGCACAACGUACAUGUACAUAUCUUUAUUCAAUAAUAUGGAUCUAUUUUGAACAUCUUGAAUUACGUUUAAAUAUGUUCGAUGAUUCUGAUAGUGAUGAUUUAUCAUUCACAGAAUUAUUGGAUGGACGACAAUAUUCAUAUACAGAUUUUUGUUCAUAUGGACAAAGAUUUGUAGAUUUUCUUGAAUAUACAAAUUGGUUUAAAUCCGAAGAAUUGGAACAUCUUCAUAAUCUAAUAGCACGUUAUGAACGAUUACAUCCAAAAGAUAUUAUUGAAUUUCGUAGACAUUUAUUAGAUCUUAAAUUACAACGUCGAAAUAAUCGAUCAGUAAAACUUAAAUAUAUGAUCGAUUAUCGAUCGGUUACUUAUGAAAGAUUUGAUCAAAGAAUGCUUUAUACUAAAGUGAUCACAUUGAAAACAUUUCGAGAAAAAUUUAAUGAAUUUGAUUCAACAUAUUCAUUAUCGGAAAAAUCUCGUGGUCAUCUGAUGACAUUUGUAAAAAUGUUUGAACGAAUGUUAUAUGCACAUUUUGAACAAUUUCAACCACAUGUACAUACAUUUGGAUCAAUCUCCAAUGGUCUUGGUACAUCAAAUUCUGAUUUCGAUUUAUUCAUACAAUUUGAAAAUAUUCAUGUAGAUAAAUUAGAUUUUUAUACAUCAAUGAUGGCAUUAGAAGUUAUUGAAAAACUAAUGAAAAUUGAAUUUGGUUUGCAAUUACGUAGUGAUCAUUCAACAAUCAUACAUAGUCGCCGUUGUCCAAUUAUUAAACUGAAUUUUCGUCAAUGUUUACGACAUUUACAAUCAAAAAUACCGAUACAACAGCAAGCAAAAACGGAAUUCACUAAAUGUGAUAUAAGUUUAGUUUCAAUGUACGGUGUUCAUAAUAGCCGUUUAUUGAAUUUUUUUACCCGUUAUGAUCGACGAUUCUAUGAGUUAACAAUGGCUUUAAAAUAUUGGGCUAAAACUAAUGAACUCAUUUCGCAAAAUAUGUUUUCAACCUAUGCAUUUACAAUGUUAAUUGUAUUCUUUUUGCAGCAACAAAAACCACCAAUUCUGCCCACUGUUAUUGAUUUGAAUCGUUUGGCGAAAAAAACAAAAAAGUCCAACCAACAGUUUAUACAUAAUUGGGAUUUUGAUUUCUGUGAUGAUAUUGAAUCGAUUGAAAAAAGCCGUAAUCGUAGUUCGACCACAUCAUUGUUUGUCGAAUUUUUCAGAUUUUAUAAUGAUUUCAAUUUUUUCCUCAACGCCAUACGACCACGUCAUGGUGUAUACAUUAAUAAAUUCAAAUUGGCCGAAGAAAAGGAACGAGAUCAUUAUUUUACAUUUAAUAUGACAUCAUUCUUUUGCAUUGAAGAUCCAUUUGUUUUGGAUCAUAAUGUUGCCUAUAAUUUUCGAACAAGAAAUGUACAUCGUUUUUUUGUAUGUCUUAAAAAAGUUGCCGAUCGUAUUAAUGAAAGAAAUUGUAUGGACGUAUUACUUGAAAAACCAUUGACAUUUGACAUGAAUCCGGAUUUAUUUCCAUCUUGUAAUCUUUAUCGAUAUGAAUUGGUUCUAGAUGAACAUAAUGACAUAUUUGAAUUGCGACAGCGACAAAAACCAUUGUUAACAUCCGAUGAUAUCGAUCGAAUGUGGCAAUAUAUGAUGAAAUUUUUUCUUCACAUCAUCCAACAAUUAUUGACAAAUUAUUUUUUUAUGCCAACUUCAACUGUUCAUCUAUCCCGAGAUAAUCAGACGUUGAGCUGUCAUCCACAUUGGCCAACAUUAAACAAAGUGAUCCAUUCGAAACGUUGGCCACAAUUAAGUCAACUUGUACAAAGUAAAACACCUGGAUCAAUCGAUAUGCUUCGAUGUUUUCGCAAUCGAUUCCGUAAAGAACUUGAUGAACAUGAUCUGGAUAAAGUAAAUACUAACAAUGACAUUGAUGAUAAUGAAGAAUGGUUCAACUUAUCGUAUUCAUAUCGUCCAAAUGAUUCGAAUUUUUUUGCAAAUUUUAAUGUAAACGCUCAGAGAUCAUCAACGUUUGCCGUAUUAGAUGUUGUCAUUGCAACAUUACAGAUAUUUUUACAUGCUAUUGAUCGUGCCGAUCCAAUAGAUACAUUUGGUCAAUGUUAUCGUACCUUUUUAUUAAAAUCAGACGAUGAUUGAUUUAAAAAAAAGAACUUUUAUUUUGCUUUUCACACACGCCUGAAUUCAAUUGGAAGAUGAAUUAUUCAUUUGACAUUAAUUUUAAAUAU